AUGAUUUUUCGUUCAACACAUGUUUUGAUGUACUGGGUUUUGGAAGCAAAGUGGCAGUUCGCAGCUGAUCGACACGACCGUGCUUGCACAGUGCACAAGUGCUUGAAGUUGCGCAGAGGCCUUUCCAACAUGGGCUGGGGCGGCGGAUGGGGCGGUAAAGGCAAGUUCGGUGGAGGCGGCGGCGGAUGGUCUCCUUGGCAGCCCAUGUUCAUGAAAUGGGGCAAGGGCAAGGGCAAAGGCUCAGGGCUCAAGGUCGACCCGGCUCUGAAAUGCUGGAUCGGAAACCUGGCAGAGGGGACCUCCUGGAAAGCCUUGCAGGACCACAUGAACCAGGCCGGAAAGACCACCUGGGUCGAGUGCUUCAGCGGAAAGGGUUCCGGCACCGGCGGCGUGUCCUUCUCAACGGCAGAGGAGGCAGCCAAUGCCAUCACCAUGCUCAACGGGAGCUUGCUGAAUGGCCAGGCCAUCAUGGUGGAUGUUUGGGUGAAGCAAUCCCAGGGUUGA